UGGUACGUCAUUACGCAAAUAUUCUGUUGACGUGGCGUGAGCGGUAGCGGUUCAACAGUAGCUAACAGGUAACUAACAACCGAAGGCAAGGUGAGGUAGAAGCUACUCCGGUGGAACUAUGGGUAUUAUUCAGGUCAACUGAUUGAUCGGUGUUCAGUUUUUAAGGGCAAAAAUACCUCUGAUAUUCUCAAAGAAUAUGCUGCAUAAGUUCACAAUUUGGUACUCAAACUUGGCUGUGCUCUUUCCAACACAGUGAAGAAAAAAAUGUCCAGUAGAAACCAGCACUAUGGGUUCCAGUCAGCCACCAUGGUGCAGUCUGCCAACGGCAGUCACGCCUAUCUGUUUGGAAACAAUGGCUCGGAGAAUGACCUCUCAGAGGAGGAUGGGGAGAACUAUGAGCUGCGGUCACGUGGCAGAGAGAGGCUGCGGAGGGGCACCUCCAGAGAGAGGAUGGAGGACAUUAUCUACCUGACCAGAGAUAUCCAGGAAGGGGACACCCUGAAUAGCAUUGCGCUGCAUUAUCAUUGCUCAGUAUGUCUCCAAGUGGCUGAUAUAAAGCGUGCUAACAAUCUCUUGACAGAGCAGGACUUCUUUGCCCUGCGGUCAGUCAAGAUUCCUGUGAGGCGCUUUAGUGUCCUCACUGAGACUCACACCACUGGACCUCUCAAAUCUGCCUCCCCAUCAGGUACUCAACACGUGCCCACGAACUCUUCCAUUACCUCCCUGCCCACCGAGUCCUCUACAGACUCUUCUUCUUCCACGGACAGUGUGGAAGGAUUCCUCUUGGAGAAGGACAAGGACAUUGAGCAGCUGGUGAAAUCCACAGGUCCGUCUCGGAGCAGCCUCAGUGAGGUUGUGUCCUCCUUAACGCUGCAGCAACAGCAGCCACUGCUAGGAGAAGUCGAGUAUAAACCAGCACAGAGAAAGGACCCUUAUUAUGGGGCAGACUGGGGCAUGAGAUGGUGGACAGCUGUGGCCAUCAUGCUGGUUGUUGGCAUUGUCACACCUGUGUUUUAUCUGCUGUACUAUGAGGUUCUCAUGAAAGCUGACGUUAGCCAUCAUGGCAUUCCCACACAAGCUCCUAGCAGCAUGCCUCAUGGACAACACAAUGACAAUAAUUUUGGAAGAGACAACCACGCAAGGGCUGAACAUGGGAAUCAUGCUGUUAAGGUGGUUAAUCAAGAUCCACAGGGAGCCAAAGUGGACAAAGCAGGGGACAGUGAACAUAGUCAGUUUGAGAAGACAUAGCAGAGACCUAGAAAAAUUGGGUGGAUGUUCCUAGUAUCACUUCUUUUUUUUUUUAACACCAGUUCAGCCUGACUGGGACAGUCCCUUUAUGGCAGGAAUAGCUGAGUGACUAGGAACAAGUGAGUGGCCACAGUCAUUCCUUGUGUCUGUAAUUUUACAUUGGUAUGCUUUACAACAAGGAGUGUAAUUGAGCUAAAAAAAAUAAAAUAGUGUUAUACUUUUCCUAAUAAUUCUGGAUGAAUUUCAGAGUUAUCAUGCUGCUACAUUGUAAGUAAAGUACACACAAGAGUCAGACAGCAACAUUCUAUCCGGUUUUUGUUUAUUCAGUAACAGAACAGUGGCAGCGCCCUGAGAGAAUAAAAAAUUCUGUGGAUGUAGUAUUAAAGCAGUUCUUACUCAGUUUUGUCCAACUGUAUUUUUUUGCUAUGUUAGAAAUAGUGUAUCUUUAAAUGCUAUCGCUGCCACUUUGUGUAAUAUAAUAAUUAAUUUAUUUCAGUACUGCUGAGCAUUAUCCUUUACUUACAAUUACACUUAGUACUUACACACCAGUACUGGAGUUACCAGUUAAAUUAUAUUUCUGAAUUUCCAUGAAAGUUGCUUGAAUUUUUUUUUCUUUGGCUUGUCUGGAGAAAAUUGCUUUUUUUUUUUUUCAUUUCAGAAACCUCCAAGACCAUGCCAAGAAAAAUGGGAAAUGCACAUUAUUCCCUCAAUGACUCAUACUUGUAAUUAUGUGAAAUUUUAGACUUUGUUAUACAGCCCUUUUAUUUUACCACUGUGUUCACUUGACACUUCAUGAAAAAGCAUGCGUUGUUGACAGUAUGUGCCUUUCAAACUGUGGAAAUGUGCUACAGGCUGGGAAAUAAAUACAUCUAUUUUGAAUAAAUUAUUGCCAGUAUGCA